UGUUCCCCAGUUCCAUGUGUUUUUUCUUCUGAUAUUUUCCUUUUGGAUUCGUUAUCUUUCUUUCUUUUCCAUCUGUCUUUCUUUUUCUCUUCGUCAUCUGCAACAGUGUAUCGAUUUCGCUCUUCGUAUCAUCAAGAGAGACCACACAAAUGAUGACGAGUAUCUCAGAACUCAAAGCUGAGGGUAUCGAAGGGCCCUUACAUGAUAGAAUCCUACGUAAAUGGAAGCACGAUGUCCGCCAAUAUGAAACCUGGUACCUGGCUGUUGACAGAUUUGCUGAUGCAAUUCAAAUUCUUGGACAACGAACAAAUCAGAGCUACAUUGAAUCCAUUUUUAAUGAUUCAGAGUGUUAUGUCAUAUCUGAUUACAGCUGCCCAGUGUUAGACAAGUAUCAAAAGGUUCUUGAAAAUGACAUCUACAUAGAUGUUGGUCUGAAGUCUAUCAUACAACCAAUUCCAGACACAACAACAAUUCCAAAAAACUGGUUUCGCUUUGUUUCAAAGUCGCAUCUGAUAGAACUCGGAGAAACACCACCAUAUUAUCCAGGAGCAUUACGAUAUGGGUCAUCACAUGCUACACAUAUCUAUGUGAAUCCAGAUAUACCAGAGACAACAACACUGAUUAAUUUAUUCACAGGACCCUCAAGGCCAGUGCCGGCACCAUCUGGAACCCCCUCAACCUUACAUGACAUGAAACUAAAAACCCGAUCUGAUCUGCUGGAUAAAACAUUCAUGGUCCAAGCUUCAAUCAAGGACUUUCACUUCCAAAACACCUGGUACCAAGCAACAUGUCCGAUCUGCAAAGAUCCGAUUUUCAGAAGAGGUUAUGACUGGUACUGCAUUGCACAUGGGCUGACUGAAAAACCAAACUACACGUACAAAUUGACAGUAACCAUUACCGACACUACAGACACCAUACCUCCAGUUGUAUCCGAAACAUCAUGUCGAAAGUUGUUAAAGUCAUCACUUGACAAAUACAUAUCCGACAACCCCCACACAAACAGAAACAGACUGCCUGCAAUCAUCACCGAUCAAAAAGAACAAACAAAAACAAUGUUUAUCCAAAUGUUGAGGGCAUCAGCACCUAACAACAUCCGCUUCAUAAUAAUUGACAUCGAUGACCCAACAACAACACCAACACCAGAGCCACCUGUUCCGACAACACCAGCCCUAUCACGGAUGACAAGAAUGCGAAAAGAUAACACAUCAACUGAAGAAGACAGAACUCCUCAAUCCAUCGCACGUGCUCUCACCUUCAAUCCACCAGGUAAUAACCCAGUCUACCAAUAUCUAAGAUAAAAAAUAUAUAUAUUUUCCACAACGAAUGCUAACACUUUUCCAAUUCACCUAUCACCGGCCCACCACCAGCAAAAAAUCAAAAACAGAGCAGCAAAUAGUAAAUACCACAAAGCUGCACUUUCAACCCAAUGUUUUGUUUCGAAUGAUAUCAUUAUCGUUUUGUAACAAAUGUGAUAAACAAGUAUCCUAUGUAUAAACACUCCAUCGCAACAUCCUGCUAUCCGAAACUAUAAUUAGUCAA